CGUAGGCAUUUUAAAAUAUUGUUGAAUUAUUUAUUUUAGUAAAAUAAAUGAGAUUUGAAAUGAAUACGUUACACUUUGUUUUCAUAAUAUGUUUCAUAUUAAGCGUUACUCAUACGACGAUAGCGUUAAAAGAGGACGACUGCGAAGUUUGUGUAAAAACGGUAAAGCGCUUCUCGGACACACUGGAUGAUGCGACAAAGAAGGAUUACAAAUUAAUAGAAACCGCUUUUAAGCAUUACUGCAAGACACAAAAAAAUAAGGAACACAGAUUUUGUUACUAUCUUGGCGGUCUUGAAGAGUCUGCCACAGGCAUAUUGAAUGAAUUGAGCAAACCGUUAAGCUGGUCUAUGCCGGCUGAGAAAGUGUGCGAGAAAUUAAAAAAGAAAGAUGCGCAAAUUUGCGAUUUGCGCUAUGAGAAACAAAUUGAUUUAAACAAAGUGGAUUUAAAGAAGCUAAAGGUACGUGAUUUGAAAAAAAUUCUUAAUGAUUGGGACGAGGGCUGUGAAGGUUGCCUGGAGAAAUCCGAUUUUAUUAAGCGCAUUGAGGAGCUCAAACCAAAAUAUUCGCACAAUGAACUCUAAAUGAACAGACCUAUGAAUGCAUACCAAUAGCAAUGUAUGAAUGUAUACGUUAUACAUACGUACAAUAAAUGCCCACUUCAUAGAUACA